AUGGCAUCCAUCACGCGCGUUCGACUUCCUAUCCUCAUCCGAAGCAGCCCAGCUCUUACGAGACCCAUCAGCUGCACCGCGACGUUGCGCAAGGGACCCGUCGAGACGACUAAAGAUACGCUCAAGAAAGCAGACCGUCUCGUCUCCGAUGUAGCGGUUAAGGGGAUUGAAGUGGGGGAGGAGGCGACUCAGAAAGCCAAAGAUACCCUCGGUAUCAAAGGCUCGGAGGUCAAGGGUAAAAGCCAGGAAUUGAAGGGGGAUGCAGAGGAAUUGGCCGGUCGGGGAAAGGGGAAAGCGGAGGAGGCCAUAGGGAAGGCCAAGGGGAAGGCGCAUGAGGUGUCGGGCAAGAUGGGGGUGUAA